UCUCUCGCUAUCACCUCCCUCUUCAUGGCCAAGUUGUCACAGAAAAACCAGAAAAACAAUGCAAACGCCAAUGGUAACAGUAAUAAUAAUACUAAUCUUACAGCUAAUAAUGGUGUGACCAAGGUGAAAAGAACAAGAAGAAGCGUUCCAAGAGACUCUCCUCCUCAGCGUAGCUCCAUUUACAGAGGGGUCACUAGGCACCGGUGGACGGGGCGAUAUGAAGCUCAUUUGUGGGACAAGAACUGCUGGAAUGAAUCACAGAAUAAGAAAGGAAGACAAGUCUAUCUUGGUGCUUAUGAUGAUGAAGCAGCUGCGGCUCAUGCAUAUGACUUAGCAGCUCUCAAGUAUUGGGGUCAAGACACCAUUCUUAAUUUUCCUCUAUCAACGUACCAAAAAGAACUGAAGGAAAUGGAGGGUCAGUCUAGAGAAGAGUACAUUGGAUCAUUGAGAAGGAAAAGCAGUGGCUUUUCUAGAGGAGUUUCUAAAUAUAGAGGUGUUGCAAGGCAUCAUCACAAUGGGAGAUGGGAAGCUCGGAUUGGAAGAGUGUUUGGCAACAAGUACCUUUAUCUUGGGACAUACGCUACCCAAGAAGAAGCUGCCACUGCAUACGAUAUGGCAGCCAUUGAGUACCGUGGAUUAAACGCUGUCACAAACUUUGACCUCAGUCGUUACAUCAAGUGGCUGAAACCGGAUCAUCACGGCCGUGACAUUAAUCCAAAUCAUGAUGUUGUUAACCCUAACCUGCUGUUGGACACAUGCUUAACAUCAUCAACUCUUGAUGGAAGUUCUUCAAAUCAUCAUCAAGACUUCAAUUUAGGCUUCUUGAGUAACAACCAACAAAGUUCAAGUGUGAGUGCCAAUGAAACCCCCAUCUCGCUGCUGACUCAGCCGGUUCGACCGGUAACUGCCACGUCAGCCCUAGGGCUUCUCCUCCAGUCAUCAAAGUUCAAGGAGAUGAUGGAGAUGACUACUACAUCUUCCGAAGCUGAUAAUUGUACAUCCACGCCGCCGUUAAUGGAGUCAGACCCACUUCAGUGUAGCUUCCCGGAAGACAUUCAGACUUACUUUGGUUGUCAAGAUUCUAGCAGUUAUGGUGAAGGAGAUGAAAUGCUUUUUGGGGAGCUCAACUCGCUCGUCCCACCGAUGUUUCAGUGUGAUUUCGAUGCUUAGAGGAGCAGAUGCAGGCCUAUAGUUAAGAGAUUCUAGGCAAGGAGGAUUUAUUUUAAUUUACUUUUAUAUUAUAGAUUUAUUAUUUAAUAUUCAUAAAAUAAAAAAAUAAUUAGGUUAACUCUUUGCGAGAACCUGGAUCCUCUCAUAUUUAAUAUCUUCUCUAAUUACAUAUCAAGUUAAAUAGUCAUGAUUUGAUAUGUAUUUAGUAGAAUUUAAAUCAAGAAAGGAUCCAAUUUCUCCAUGUGAAUAUGAAGCCGCGAUUGUCGCUGAGCUUCGUUUAGGUGACAAAGGAAGGAGGAGGUGACAGAGAUAGCAAGGAAGGAAAGAAAUUAAUAGAUUCUUUUUAAAGGCGAUUAUUCUCGAGGGAGAGAGAA